CCUUCUGUCCCGGAUAGCCAGGACUUGAAAAAGACGUGGACGUGGGAGGAAGAGAUGAUGCAAAAGUUACCUAAAAAUUGGGGCGGAGAAAAGAGGCUACAGUUAAGAAGUCGAGCAAGCUGCAAAAGUAACAACGGAAAAAUUGGGAGGUCCAGUGAGUGCCCUGUUCCAGGGCGAAGAAGCAAGACUUUGCCCUUCUCUGAUUCAGGAAGGUGCUAGACAAAAACAUGGAAUUCAUUUCCCCAACAGUGCUUAUAAUCUUGGGUUGUGUUGCUGUUUUAUUAUUUCUUCAGUGGAAGAACUUGCGUAGACCCCCGUGCAUAUCGGGCUGGAUUCCUUGGAUUGGAGCUGGUUUUGAGUUUGGAAAAACCCCUCUAGAAUUUAUAGAGAAAGCAAGAAUCAAGUAUGGACCAGUAUUUACAGUCAUUGUUAUGGGCACCCGAAUGACCUUUGUUACUGAAGAAGAGGGAAUUAAUGUGUUUCUCAAAUCCAAAGAAGUAAAUUUUGAACUAGCAGUGCAAAAUCCCAUCUAUCGUACAGCAUCCAUCGCAAAGAAUAUCUUUUUAAAACUGCAUGAGAAACUUUAUAUCACGGUGAAAGGGAAAAUGGGGACUUUAAACCUACACAAAUUCACUGGACAAUUGACUGAAGAAUUACAGGAACAGUUGCAGCAUUUAGGUACUCAUGGGACCACAGACCUGAACAAGUUUAUGAGGCACCUCCUUUACCCCGUCACAGUAAACAUACUCUUUAAAAAAGGUCUGUUUCCCUCAGAUGAGAGGAAAAUCAGGGAGUUUCAUCAGCACUUUCAAGCUUAUGACGAAGGUUUCGAAUAUGGGUCCCAGUUGCCAGAAUGCCUCCUCAGAAACUGGUCAAAAUCCAAAAAAUGGCUUCUAGAACUUUUUGAGAAAAACAUUCCAGAUAUAAAAACAUACAAAUCUGCAAAAGAUAAUUCCCUGACAGUCAUGCAGGCUGUACUGGAUCUCCUAGAGAUGGAAGCAAAUGAACAGAAGAGUCCCAAUUAUGGGCUGUUACUACUUUGGGCUUCUCUGUCAAAUACUGUCCCUGUUGCAUUUUGGACAUUUGCAUUUGUCCUGUCUCAUCCCAAUAUCCACAGGACCAUUAUGGAAGGCAUAUCAUCUGUGUUUGGCACAGCAGGUAAAGAUAAGAUUAAAGUGUCUGAGGAUGACUUGAAGAAACUCCCUUUAAUUAAAUGGUGUAUUUUGGAAACCAUUCGUUUACGAGCCCCUGGUGUCAUCACUCGAAAAGUCCUGAAGCCAGUUAAAAUUUUGAAUUACACUGUUCCUUCUGGUGACUUAUUGAUGCUGUCUCCAUUUUGGCUACAUCGAAAUCCAAAGUAUUUUCCUGAACCUGACCUGUUCAAGCCUGAACGUUGGAAAAAGGCAAAUUUAGAGAAGCAUGCUUUCUUGGACUGCUUCAUGGCAUUUGGGAGCGGGAAGUACCAGUGUCCUGGAAGGUGGCUGGCUCUGUUGGAGAUUCAAAUAUGUAUUAUUUUAAUAUUUUAUUAUUAUGACUGUAGUCUUCUGGACCCAUUGCCAAAACAGAGUUCUCUCCACUUGGUGGGUGUCCAGCAGCCAGAAGGACGAUGCCGAAUUCAGUUUAAACAAAGAAAAUGAUGUCUGCCGGAGGGCCAGGGCUGUCUGGAGGAGUGACUGCCCCCCAUCCAAUAGCCCGGCAGCACCUAGACCCGAGUUUGACAGGAACACGUCACUUGAUUUUGUUUUAGGAUUUAGUUCAAGACAAUGUCCAGAUGGCAUGUGUAUUUGGUAUCUUAAGUGUAGACCAAGAAUCUGACAUCACUCUCACUGAUACUGAGACCCCAAUACAGGGUAAAAUGCUUCAGUGAUCCAAAAAGAGGUAUUCUUCAGAAGUUGGCAUUGGUUUCAUACAUUACUGCAGCAGUCCCCAACCUCUUUGGCACCAGACACCAGUUUCAUGGAAGACAAUUUUUCCAUAGAUCAGUGGGGGAGGCGGAGUUUUUGGUUUCUCCCACCACUCAUCUCCUGCUGUGUGGACUGGUUCCCAACAGGCCAGGGCCCAAUACUGAUUCGUGAUUGGGGAUCCCUGCAUUAUUAUAUCAAAACUUUAAAUAGAAAGUAUCUCAUCUGAAUGAAAUUUUUCAUACAUUAAAUUCACUGUAAAGACAACAUACUUUAACUUCAAUUUUGAAAAAAGGCUAAUAGUCUUAGACUUGAAAGAGUAUUAAAUAAUGAUUUCUGGAAAGUUGCUAUUUUUCUUAAUAUGAUUCUUAACUCACAAUUGGAAUUCUUAAACGACUAUUAAUUUAAUUAUGAAACAUGUCUAAUGCUAAAUAUAUGAACAAGGUGAUCACUGUCUAAGACCUGUGAAGUCAGGUGUCAUGUCUGACACUCAUUUAUAUCCUCCACUCUGCCUAGGACAGCACUUCUCUAUAGGGUAUAUUCAAUACAUGUAUGUUGACUGAUUUAUUCAUUUGUAUUUUAAUUAAGAGGAAAGCACCCUUUUGAUUCAAGGUGUUUAUAAUUGUAGUUGAAGAGAUAAUAUUUUUCCUAAUUUAUAGAAGCUCUAAGUGACGUGUUAAGUCAAAUAACGUUUCAAUCUACUACUUAAGACUUUUGCCUGAAGUAUUUACUAUGAAAUCCAGAAAUCCUAUCAUGUUCAGGGGAAAUAUAUGACCCCAAUCACAGUGUGAUUUGUCCUCUACAAGUCAAUAAAAUGCCGUCUGCCUCCUUGGUUUCACAAUAAAUAAGCUUUGC